GGAGUGUAGCCCUUGACGUAUCAGAAAAAAUCCACGUUGUAAAACCCAGUAGAAAACAAUUUCGGGUUAGAUUUACAGUUACUCGCAACAUUUGCUUAAGACCUUCAAUCAUUUUUCAGGUUAGAUGUUUGCAAGUCGAACUCGGAUGAUAAAAUGGAAAUGCUCAAGGGCGGAAAUGAGUAAAUGGUGUAGACAGGUCUUUGUGCUUAUUACAAGACAAUUCAGCAGUAAAAAAAGCCAAGAUGAUAUUUGGAGAGCUCAUGAUGGUACAGUCUUGGAUAAGCAAUACGAGGAAAAGAAGAAGACAGUAGAAGGCUUCAUUGAAUAUUUGAAAGAGAAUCGAAAAGAGGUACCAGAUGAAUUAACAACAGACGAGUGGCAUCACAUGUUAAAAUCCUGUGACUCAUUCCCUGAAUACAGGGCAUAUCUGCGUAAAUUAUUCCAGAAACACAGAGACCAAUCAACAGACACAUCACAAAUAAAUGGACUGUAUGGACUGCCAAACGAAAACCAGUAUUAUUUGUCAAAGUACAUUCAAGGUGUGAACUCAGGGAGGCGGGUCAUUAUUGACUUGAAUUAUGACUACUGCGAUCCCAAUCAUAAUGGGCUUUUGACGCAAUGUUUAAUUAUUGCAGAUGUGAACAUUCAUCACAGACAGCCAUUACACUUAAAUUUUACAGGCCUCAGAAGAAACACACGGGUUUUCAAUUUAUUUAAAUCAAAUUCAGACUUUUUUACUAAGACAAGUGAUUGUUUCGAUGAAGAUUUUCUGAGUAUCUUUCAUCCUCGUAAAAAUCUGGUCUACCUGAGCCCUCAUGGAAGGCCAAUGCCAGAUUAUAUGGGCGAUGAAAUUUUUGUGAUAGGCGGACUGAUUGACAUGGAUCCGAGCCAACGGCUCUCACAACGUCGGGCCAAAGAGCUGGGGAUCCGAUGUGCUUCCUUUCCUCAAACUAGAUUCCAUGGUCGACAAAUUACUCUUAAGAUGCAGUCUGUGUUUAGGGUCCUCCUUGAUUUGAACUUGGGACUGACCUGGCAGGAGGCCCUGUCCAAAUACAUCUCAGAAGUCAGACAACGAAAAGCAGGAGAACCACAGGAGCCGUUUGUAAUUACUGUGUAACAAAGCAUGAACCUGAAAAAGGGAAUGAGUGGAAAGAAGUUAUUUGAAGAAAGCAAUGCAAGUGAAUAUGACAGGCUUGUAAGGAACAUAAAGAAUUUUGACGAUUUUUGAAAAAUAUAAAAAAUGAAAGACUUUACAGCUUGAUACAUGCUGUUAUAUAAAACCACUGCUCACCAAGCAUACAUGCUGUUAUAUAAAACCACUGCUCACCAAGCAGUAUUCUUUUUAUGAAAAAUACAUUAAAAUAUGUUUAUGAUGGGAAGAUCUUGGAACGAAUAGAAUGUAUACUUUACUGUACGCUUGGCAUGGAACGUACUGUACUUUAUCGAUUUAGUCCAUAGGUAUUACACACUGUCGUUUGCAUAGAAACAAUACAAAAUAUGUAUUAUUA